CUCGGCCAAUAUCAAUCAACACAUUGCGCGCGCCCGGAGAUGCGAACGAGCCGUGACGCUACACGAUCCGGCCGUGAGCUCAAUGCAACACUUUAGCAACUUCCUGCCGCACUGCGCAUCCGCAUCGAUAUGAGUCCCGCAGUCGAAAGCCCCGAGCCCCCCGGCUCCGCAGCCGGGCGGCGGGACGUCGCCCAUCAAGGUGACCUGCCGGCAGCGCAACUGCCGAGGAUGACCAUGUCGACUGAGGAGAUUGACGAUACCAUCACAAGACCUGGCAGCGUUAGGAUUAAUGUCAAGGGGGCAUUCAUCGUCGAUCCAGAUACGAGGACGCCGGCGCCUAGAGCCGCCCAGGGGAACGGAGGGAGAGGCAGUCCGACGCAUCCCGAAACGAGCGAUAUUCGGUUGCCAUAUCACACGGCAGUGGUGAGCCACAUCGCCGUUGAUAUUGGCGGCUCCCUCAUAAAGCUUGUCUAUUUCUCUAGAGAGGCGCAUUCGACCGAGCCCGGGGGCCGACUCAAUUUCCAGAGUUUCGAGACCGAUCGUGUGGACGACUGCGUCGAGUUGAUGAAGAACCUACGGGAUAAGCAACUGGAGCUCAAUGGCUCGCAGCCCAGCGAGCUCUGCGUCAUGGCGACUGGAGGUGGCGCGUACAAGUUCUACGACAAGAUUCGCGAUGCGCUCGGCGUCGAUGUGCUGCGCGAGGAUGAGAUGGAGUGUCUUAUCAUCGGACUCGACUUUUUCAUCACCGAAAUACCGCGCGAGGUCUUCACCUACUCCGAAACAGAUCCCAUGCACUUCGUCAACCCCCGCGAGGCCAUCUACCCGUAUCUUCUUGUCAACAUUGGCUCGGGAGUGUCCUUCCUCAAGGUCACCGGCCCGCGUUCGUACGAGCGAGUGGGCGGCACGUCAUUAGGUGGCGGUACACUGUGGGGAUUGUUGUCCCUGCUGACGGGUGCAAACACCUUUGACGAAAUGCUGGACCAAGCCGAACAUGGCGACAAUGCCAGGGUCGAUAUGUUAGUUGGCGACAUUUAUGGGACAGAUUACGGGAAAAUCGGCCUCAAGAGCACAGCAAUCGCAUCUUCUUUUGGCAAGGUGUUCCGCAUGAAGAGUGCUGCCACCAGGGCUGCUGCAGAAAACGCGUCAGGAAGCGCAGACGGACCGGAUAUCUCGGCAGAUGUCGGGUUCACGGACGGCGACAUCUCGAGGUCACUACUCUACGCAGUGUCCAACAACAUUGGCCAAAUUGCCUACUUGCAGUCGCAAAUUCACAAUCUCUCCGACAUAUACUUUGGCGGUUCCUUCAUCCGCGGCCAUCGGCAGACGAUGAACACGCUCAGUUAUGCCAUCAGGUUCUGGAGUAAAGGCGAGAAGCAAGCAUACUUUCUGCGCCACGAGGGGUAUCUCGGCGCCGUGGGCGCGUUCCUCAAGAGGCAACCAAAGAACUGGGGCAGACGUGCGAGUCUGGAGGGGAUGGAUGAGCUAUUGGAGUGGAGGCGCAACGAGAAGGCGAAGGGGACUCAAACAGGGACAGAAGAUCAUUAACGGCCAUUUGCGGCCAAUAAGCUGCCGAGCCGUGGUCAAUUAGCGGGCAGAGCAUACAUGUAAAUAUCAUCUGAAGCAUAUGACGGCUGGUCUGGAUACAUUGGGAAGGCAUGGUCACGAGUGUGGAGGGUAUAGUCGGUGGUUGAAGGUCUCGAAUCCCGGCGGCCGGUGGUCCCUGGACCUGGCAAGGCAGGGCCAAUGCUUUUUGCAGGGGUUGUUUGCCGCUCUAGCAUUGGGAUGCUGUACAAUAAAUUGAAUCGACAUGACCGUCACGUUGCCUGUGUCGAUGGGACAACGUUGAAAGAACGCAGCGAGCCGCGCUAUCUUACGGGGGAGGUGAUGAUUUUCUCAAUUUUAACAUCCGGGGUAUUAUAAUAUAUACAUCUGUACAACCGAUGCAUACACGAGCAUCGCUCGUCGGCAUACGCGUGGAGUUGCCAUUUGUAUCGCGCCAGUAUUGCA